UAAGGAAGUGUUCCUGCAGAGCCACACAGAGAUCGGAGUCAGCUACCAACACGCCGUGGACCUCCAGACGCAGCACAAUCACUUUGCCAUGAAUUCUAUGAAUGCCUAUGUGAACAUCAACCGGAUCAUGUCGGUGGCGUCGCGGCUGUCGGAGGCGGGCCACUACGCCUCGCAGCAGAUCAAACAGAUCUCGGCCCAGCUGGACCAGGAGUGGAAGAGCUUCGCCGCCGCCCUGGAUGAACGCAGCACCAUCCUGGCCAUGUCGGCCGUCUUCCACCAGAAGUCGGAACAGUUCCUGGCUGGGGUGGAGGCCUGGUGUAAGAUGUGUAGUGAGGGGGGACUGCCCUCGGAUAUGCAGGACCUGGAGCUGGCCAUCCACCACCACCAGACCCUCUACGAACAAGUGACCCAGGCCUACACCGAGGUCAGUCAGGAUGGCAAGGCACUGCUGGAUGUCCUCCAGAGACCAUUGAGCCCGGGGAACUCGGAGUCUCUGACGGCCACAGCCAACUACUCCAAGGCGGUCCACUGUAUCUUGGACGUGGUCCACGAGGUCCUGCACCAUCAGAGACGCCUGGAGAGCAUCUGGCAGCACCGCAAGGUCCGCCUGCACCAGAGGCUACAGCUCUGUGUGUUCCAACAGGACGUCCAACAGGUGAUGGACUGGAUAGAGAACCACGGAGAGGCAUUCCUCAGCAAACACACGGGCGUGGGCAAGUCUCUCCACCGCGCCAGGGCACUGCAGAAACGGCACGACGACUUUGAGGAGGUGGCACAGAACACUUACACCAACGCAGACAAACUCCUGGAGGCGGCAGAGCAGCUGGCCCAGACUGGGGAAUGUGACCCGGAGGAGAUCUACAAAGCAGCACGGCACCUGGAGGUCAGGAUCCAAGACUUUGUCCGGCGGGUGGAGCAGAGGAAACUGCUGCUGGACAUGUCGGUCUCCUUCCACACCCACACCAAAGAGUUGUGGACGUGGAUGGAGGAUCUCCAGAAGGAGCUGUUGGAGGAGGUGUGUUCAGACUCGGUGGAGUCGGUCCAGGAGCUCAUCAAGCAGUUCCAGCAGCAGCAGACGGCCACGCUGGAGGCUACGCUCAACGUCAUCAAGGAGGGAGAGGACCUCAUCCAGCAGCUCAGGGACGCUGCCAUGUCCACCAACAAGAUGCCCCACAACAGCUCCAUCGCCCACAUUGAGAGUGUCCUGCAGCAGCUGGACGAGGCCCAGGGCCAGAUGGAGGAGCUGUUCCAUGAGAGGAAGAUCAAGCUUGACAUCUUCCUGCAGCUACGCAUUUUUGAGCAGUACACCAUCGAGGUGACGGCGGAGCUGGACUCGUGGAACGAGGACCUGCUGCGCCAGGUGAACGACUUCAACUCGGAGGACCUGAACCUGGCCGAGCAGCGGCUGCAGCGCCACACGGAGCGCAAGCUGGCCAUGAACAACAUGACCUUCGAGGUGAUGCAGCAGGGACAGGACCUGCACCAGUACAUCAUGGAAGUCCAGGCCUCAGGCAUUGAGCUGACUGGGGAAAAAGAAGUGGAUCUGGCCACUCAGGUCCAGGAGCUGCUGGAGUUCCUCCAUGAGAAGCAGCAUGAGCUGGACGUCAGCGCUGACCAGACCCAGAAGAGACUGCAGGAGUGUCUGCAGCUCCGCCACCUGCAGUCAGAGGUCAAACAGGUCCUGGGCUGGAUCCGGAAUGGGGAUUCCAUGCUGAAUGCCAGCAUGGUGAAUGCCAGCUCGCUGUCAGAGGCAGAGCAACUCCAGAGGGAGCAUGAACAGUUCCAGCUGGCCAUCGAGUCCCUGUUUCAUGCCAAUUCCCUCCAGAAGACCCACCAGAGUGCCCUGCAGGUGCAGCAGAAGGCUGAGGUCAUGCUUCAGGCGGGCCACUUUGACCCGGACGGCAUACGGGCCUGCGCCGAGAAGGUGGCCAUGCACUGGCAGCAGCUCAUGCUCAAGAUGGAGGAUCGACUCAAGUUGGUCAACGCUUCUGUGGCCUUCUACAAGACCUCAGAGCAGGUAUGCAGUGUGCUGGAGAGUCUGGAGCAAGAGUACAGGCGAGAUGAGGACUGGUGUGGUGGCCAUGACAAGCUGGGAGCCAUGGCUGAGACGGACCAUGUCAUCCCCCUCAUCAGCAAACACCUGGAGCAGAAGGAAGCCUUCCUCAAGGCUUGCACAUUGGCCAGGAGAAAUGCUGAGGUGUUCCUGAAGUACAUCCACAGGAAUAAUGUGGGUAUACCUGGUGCUUCAGGCCAUGCCAGAGGACCUGAGCAGCAGGUUAAAGCCAUCCUCAACGAGCUACUCCAGAGGGAGAACCGGGUUCUGCACUUUUGGACCAUGAAGAAACGCCGCCUGGAUCAGUGCCAGCAGUACGUGGUGUUUGAACGCAGCGCCAAACAGGCUUUAGACUGGAUCCAGGAAACAGGAGAGUAUUACCUCUCCACCCACACCUCCCCUGGAGAGAGCGGCGAGAGGAGUCAGGAACUACUGAAGGAGUAUGAGGAAUUCCGAGUCUCCGCCAAGCAAACCAAGGAGAAGGUGAAGCUCCUCAUUCAGUUGGCAGACAGCUUCGUCGAGAAGGGACAUGUGCACGUCAUUGAGCUGAAGAAGUGGGUCACCACAGUGGACAAGCGCUACCGAGACUUUUCCCUCCGGAUGGGGAAGUAUCGCUCCAGCCUGGAGAAAUCACUGGGCAUCAGCUCCGAGGAUAAUAAGGACUUGGAGCUGGACAUCAUCCCAGCCAGCCUGACUGAUCCUGGGGAGGUGAAGCUCCGCGACCCCAACCACGAGGUCAACGAGGAGAAGAGGAAGUCAGCCAGGAAGAAAGAGUUCAUAAUGGCUGAACUCCUUCAGACUGAGAAGGCCUAUGUCAGGGACUUGCAUGAAUGUUUAGAGGCGUACCUGUGGGAGAUGACUAGUGGGGUGGAGGAGAUCCCGCCUGGCAUCGUCAACAAGGAGCACAUCAUCUUCGGCAACAUCCAGGAGAUUUAUGACUUCCAUAACAGCAUUUUCCUCAAAGAGCUAGUGAACUAUGAACAGCUACCUGAAGAUGUGGGCCAUUGUUUUGUCACAUGGGCUGAUAAAUUCCACAUGUAUGUAAAUUACUGUAAAAACAAACCAGAUUCCAGCCAACUCAUAUUGGAGCAUGCUGGAAGCUUCUUCGAUGAAAUCCAGCAGCGACACGGAUUGGCCAACUCAAUCUCCUCCUACCUUAUCAAGCCAGUGCAGAGGAUCACUAAGUAUCAGCUUCUCCUCAAGGAGCUGCUGACCUGCUGUGAGGAGGGGAAGGGGGAGAUUAAGGACGGCCUGGAGGUGAUGCUUAGUGUCCCCAAGAGGGCCAACGACGCCAUGCACGUUGCCAUGCUGGAAGGUUUCGAUGAGAAUCUGGACGUGCAGGGAGAGCUGUUCAUCCAGGACACAUUCCAGGUGUGGGAUCCCAAGUCUCUGAUCCGGAAGGGCCGGGAUCGCCAUCUCUUCCUGUUCGAGAUCUCCCUGGUGUUCAGCAAGGAGAUCAAGGACUCGGCCGGCCGCACCAAAUAUGCCUUCAAGAACAAACUGCUGACAUCAGAACUGGGCGUGACAGAGCACAUUGAAGGGGACCCCUGUAAGUUUGCCCUGUGGGCUGGAAGGACCCCCUCAUCUGACAACAAGACUGUCCUCAAGGCGUCCAGCAUUGAAGCAAAGCAGGAAUGGAUCAAGAACAUCCGGGAGGUGAUCCAGGAGAGGAUCAUCCACCUCAAGGGGGCGCUGAAGGAGCCUAUCCACAUGCCCAAAACCCCUGCCAAGCCACGCAACAACAGCAAAAGGGAUGCUGGUGAGGAUGUCGACAGCCAGGGUGAUGGCAGCAGCCAGCCAGACACCGUCUCCAUCGCCUCCAGGACCUCCCAGAACACUGUGGACAGUGAUAAGCUCUCCGGGGGCUGUGAGUUGACGGUGGUGCUGCAGGACUUCACAGCAGGUUGUUCCAGUGAGCUCAGCCUUCAGACGGGUCAGACGGUAGAGUUGCUGGAGAGGCCCAGUGACCGCCCCGGCUGGUGUCUGGUGCGGACCACCGACCGUAGCCCCCCUCAGGAGGGCCUGGUGCCCAGCUCGGCCCUCUGUAUCUCCCACUCCCGCAGCAGCGUGGAGAUGGAGUGCUUCUUCCCCACAGGGAAAGAGAACUACUCGGUCAGUGGGCCCGAGGGAGCGAAGACCGAGUCGGUGGCCAGCCUGCAGCCCCAGGCAUCCCAGAGCUCCAUCCAUUCAAGCUCUCCGGGACCGAAGCGCUCGGGGAACACCCUGAAGAAGUGGCUGACCAGCCCUGUGCGCCGCCUCAGCCACGGCAGCAGCAUCAAGAAGUUACCCAACAAGCACAAGAAGAGGGACGGCCGCAAGAGCAUCGACCUGGGGCCGCCCGAGAGCACCCUGCACGGCGAGAGCGUAGACGAGAGGGGCAGAAAGGAGGGUCCCCUGUCCAAGCCCUCCUCUGGAAUGCAGAGCGGAGGAGAGGAGGAGCCCGAGGAUGACUCUCACACCCCCCUGCCGCCCCCCAUGGAGAUCAUCAAGGACCCCUCGUCCCAGGAGGAGAAGUCCUCCGCAUUGCAUACUGCGCGUCAGGGCUCCGCCGAUGUCCCCAGCACUGCGGAUCUUGUCAGUGCAAUAGAAAAGUUGGUCCAAACUAAGAUGAAUCUGGAGCCAGGUGCCUAUCCCAGCUUCACCAAUUUGACUCCUCCAGAACAGACCAGCCCAGCCCUGCCCAGGAACCCUGAACUGGAGCAGAAGGCUAAAGCUCUGCGUGGACGCAUGUUUGUCCUCAAUGAGCUGGUACAGACGGAGAAGGACUAUGUCAAGGAUUUGGGCAUUGUAGUGGAGGAGUUCAUGAAGAAGAUGGAGGAGAAGGGAGUACCUGAAGAUAUGAAAGGAAAAGACAAAAUGGUUUUUGGGAAUAUUCACCAGAUCUACGACUGGCACAGAGAUUUUUUUGUCGGUGAGCUGGAGAAAUGUCUUGAAGACAACGAGCACCUUCCUGAGCUUUUCAUAAAACAUGAGAGGCGACUACACAUGUAUGUGGUUUACUGCCAGAACAAGCCCAAGUCUGAAUUUAUCGUCGCUGAGUACGACACAUUUUUCGAGGGCCUACAGCAAGAGAUCAGUUCAAGACUGGGCAUAAGUGACUUUCUCAUAAAGCCAAUUCAGAGAAUCACCAAGUAUCAGCUACUUCUAAAGGACUUCUUGAAGUAUAGUUCCAAAGCAGGACUAGAUUGCCAAGAGUUAGAGAAAGCAGUUGGUUUAAUGUCCCAGGUCCCCAAGCUGUGCAAUGACAUGAUGAAUCUUGGCAGACUACAAGGCUAUGAGGGUAAGCUGACCAGCCAGGGUAAGCUGCUGCAGCAGGAAACAUUCUUCGUGACAGAGCAGGAUACGGGCGUUCUGUCGCGCAGCAAGGAGCGCAGGGUCUUCCUGUUUGAGCAGAUCGUCAUCUUCAGCGAGCUCCUCCGCAAGGGCUCAUCCACGCCGGGCUACCAGUUCAAGAAGAGCAUCAAGGUGAGCUACCUGGGCUUGGAGGAGCAUGUUGAAAAUGACCCGUGUAAGUUUGUGCUGUCGUGUCGAGGGUCGGCCGAGCGCUUCACCCUGCAGGCAGUCAACCUGGACAUCAAGCAGGUGUGGGUCCAACAUGUCAGCCAGGUCCUGGAUGCCCAGAGCAACUUCCUGUCUGCCCUGCAGUCUCCUAUUGAGUACCAGAAGGAGAAGGGUAGUUCUCACUCCCUCACCAGAAACCCAUCGGGCAGCCGGCCCCCUAGUUGUAACAGUAGGCCCCUCUCCUCCUCCUCUGUGGGGGCAGAGAAGCCCCCCCUGGCGGGACCGGGACGGACCCCCACCCCUCUCGAGCUAUCUACCUCCAACGGUAGCCCCUGCUUCGACCCCACGAAACACAGCGAAAGCUACGAGUCCACCAGGCAGCACGGCGGCGGAUGUAACGGCAUGUCCUCCACAAUGAUGGUGACACAGGACUACAGUGCACUGAAGGAGAAUGAGAUCUGUGUGAUCCAGGGCGAGAUGGUGCAGAUCAUGGCCACCAACCAGCAGAACAUGUACCUAGUUUACCGGUCUGCCAACAGCCAGUCUCCUGCAGCCGAGGGCUGGAUCCCAGGCCACAUCCUGGGACCCCUCACUAAAACGCUCAAAGACAGUGCUGCUGACGCAAGCAUCAAGUAAGUGUCCCGUAAGCCCUGCCACCACACCCACGGAGCUGCUCUGAUUGGAUGAGGUGAAAGUUGUCUGCUCCAAUCCCUACCCCCAACCCCCUUAAUGGGAACUAACUCGGAAAUGUUGGACUACACAGGGAUCAUGUUUUCUCCCUUUUUUUGUUUGUUAAUAUAUGUAAAGGCUUAUUAAAUCAUUAUCUGAAAAGAGCUAACGGACUGUAGAGAAUCAUGGCUUCAUGGUAGAGAAAACGCACAGAGAAAAUCUUACAUCAAUGUGGAAUUGACUGGUCUGGACUUUCAUUUCUGUUUCUAACAUCGUUUUUUUCUUUACACGUUUAAAAAAGAGAGAGAAAAAGGAAAAGAACGGCCUGAUGGACUGAAGCCUAUUUCUCAAAGUGGAGAAAGUUUGUUAUUGUCUAUGGCAAUUUGUACAGAUUGUGUUUUUAUUUUAUUUUUAGAACUUUUAUUUUGUUACUAUCAGAUAUGUUGGCGGUUUACUGUAAGCGUUAAUUUGGUUUGUUUACUGAUGCACUCUCUUCAGUACAUUCCUGUAUGAAGUAUUUUGCACUAUUUAAGAGAAUCCAUUAUUAAAGAAGGCAGGUUGUGCAAUAUAAUGAUAGUCACAAUGUUAAUCAUUGUGCUUGUAGUGUAACUAGACAUUUGAAAUGCAUUUGAAAUAUGUAAAAAGACCAUUUUGACGUAAGCAUGCAUUUGCAAGGCAACAGAAGUGGAACUUGUUUGCGUUCGAAGAACAUCAGUGACGUUGUUUUAUAUCGCCAACUCUGCAGUCAAACUGUACCUUUCUCCGCUGACCAUUGCUCUCACAGCAUUAGACCUAGAUUCCAUUCUUAUCUCACAUUGAGGAUCAAAUGAAUAGUGAAAUCAGUUACCAGUUAUUUUCUAAUGUUGAUUUUCAUGUGUAAAGAUCUCUAUCAAGUUUGAUUGUGGCUUGCCAUCCAUUUCUUCCCAAUGAUGGACCAUUUCUAAAUCAUGGGCUUUAUUAAAGUGAUCAUCAUUCUCAUGGGCCUGGUCCCGGUGGUGUAUAAAUACAUUGACAAAACACAAAACACCACUUCUGGGAUCUACAUAAAGGAGUGAAGACAUUAGUUCAACAGCACUUUAUUCACUUUCUAUAUGAUUUGUUUAUUUUUUACCCGUUUUGUUGAUGUAGUCCGAUUUUAUUAUAGUAGACAACUUUAUUUUCAAUUUUGUACUAACCCCACCGGUCCUCGAGAAAAGUUGGUUGUGUACAAAGCAGCAUCAUUGAAAAUCUCAUGACAACGUAGAGCCAUUGAAUGGUUGGUCAGACGCAACAAACUAUGCUGCUUUGACACAAAUUGUGUGUCCACUAUGGUGUAAGAGAAUCAAGGUAUGGUAGCAUAUGGAGAAGUCACAUUUUAAAUAGCUUGUCCGUCUUGUGUGUCUAAAUUUCUAAUACACUGUGAUACAAAUAUGAA